AACAGGGGGCCCUGCGAAACCAAAGGACGGCUCUAAGCCUCUGCAGCAAGCAGGCCAACCGACAAGGCUGGCUGAGUCCCUGCAUCCCGCAAUGGCUCGGAAGCAAGACGAGGCGCGGUCCGGCGUGCCCCUGAGGGCGCAAGGCCCGCCGGCCGCAGAGGUCCGCCUCAUUCUGUACCACUGGACGCACUCCUUCAGCUCUCAAAAGGUGCGCUUGGUAAUUGCUGAAAAGGCACUGAAGUGUGAGGAACAUGAUGUAAGUCUGCCCCUGAGUGAGCACAAUGAGCCUUGGUUUAUGCGUUUGAACUCAACUGGAGAAGUGCCUGUCCUUAUCCACGGGGAAAACAUAAUUUGUGAGGCCACCCAGAUCAUUGAUUAUCUUGAGCAGACUUUCCUGGAUGAAAGAACACCCAGGUUAAUGCCUGAUGAAGGAAGCAUGUAUUACCCACGGGUGCAGCAUUACCGAGAGCUUCUUGACUCCUUGCCGAUGGAUGCUUACACACAUGGCUGCAUUUUGCAUCCUGAGCUCACUGUGGAUUCCAUGAUCCCAGCUUAUGCAACCACAAGGAUUCGCGGCCAGAUUGGUAACACGGAGUCUGAACUGAAGAAACUUGCUGAAGAAAACCCUGACUUACAAGAGGCUUACAUUGCCAAGCAGAAGCGACUGAAGUCAAAGCUGCUUGAUCACGACAAUGUCAAAUACUUGAAGAAAAUUCUUGAUGAGUUGGAGAAGGUCUUAGAUCAGGUGGAAACUGAGUUACAAAGAAGAAAUGAAGAAACUCCAGAUGAGGGCAACCAGCCUUGGCUCUGUGGAGAAUCCUUUACACUGGCAGAUGUCUCAUUGGCUGUCACAUUGCAUCGGCUGAAGUUCCUGGGGUUUGCAAGGAGAAACUGGGGACAUGGAAAGAGACCAAACUUGGAAAGCUAUUAUGAGCGUGUCUUGAAGAGAAAAACAUUUAACAAGGUUUUAGGACAUGUCAACAAUAUAUUAAUCUCUGCGGUGCUGCCCACAGCAUUCCGGGUGGCCAAGAAAAGGGCCCCGAAAGUUCUCGGUAGCACCCUUGUGGUUGGUUUGCUUGUAGGAAUGGGAUAUUUUGCAUUUAUGCUUUUCAGAAGGAGACUUGGCAACAUGAUAUUAUCACUCAGACCCAGACCAAAUUAUUUCUAGGUUUGUUGGGUUCUGUGGUAGCAGCACAUCUAACCACUCCACUAGACCCUCAUCCAUUCUUCCAGACCCAUUGAAGAUUUGUUCUUGGUAACUAGUAGAAAACAUAUUUUAUAGUAUUCAUUGGGGAGUUCAUGUGGGGAAAGGAGCUAAUGAUAUGUUUUUUCCUUCCUUCCUUCGUUCCUUCGUUCCUUCGUUCCUUCGUUCCUUCGUUCCUUCGUUCCUUCCUUCCUUCCUUCCUUCCUUCCUUCCUUCCUUUCUUAGACAACACAACUUACUUCUAAUUUAUCCCUUAAAGAUCAAUGUAACUUCUGACAGAUAGGUAAGGGAUCUUUAUGGAGAUUAUAAAUUCAUGUCCUCAGUUAUUUCUUGAGAGGUUGUAAUUAGGAGCAGACAGUAAUAAUAACCCAUGACUGCUUAUAGUGCUUCACCUGAGAGUGACUGCAAUUCUGGGUGUUGAACAGUUGCAGGAUCCUCUUCUGGGACUCUGAAGUCAUCUUUGUUAUGCUAGACAGGAUUCAGAUAACAACAGGACAUUGUAAUGUUUCAUCUUCCACUAGCAGCUUAGGCAUACGUAAAGGAGAAAAAUGGGAAAGGGGAGAAAGAAAACAAGAGAAUGAAGUACAUCUAGAACAAAGCUGUAGAUGGUAACUUCCAGUGGCUUCCACUGCUGCCCAUGGUUGCCUCUCUCCUUGGAAAACUUCACAUCUACCUACUUGUGGUUAUGUCCCCUCCUUAACUGAGAACUGUUAAGAGGGAACAGAGGGCUGGGAAGUUUGUGGGGAUAGUAUACCAGAGAGAAACCUACAUACUGCAUAGAAAACACUUCAGUUGACCCUAAUUAUGAAUUAUACUUGUUGAUUUAAUAAGAUUAAGCUAUUAUACACUUGACCAUGAGAUGCCCAUUGAAACAUAUAUUUCUGGCAAUUAUAUGAAUGUCUAAAGGAAGUCUUCAUGGUGCCUUCUAAAGAUAGGGCAGUCUUCAUGGCUCCCAUGACCAUGAGAGAUAUUUUCCUGUGGACAACAGUGCUCAGUCCUGGGAGCCUUGGCCUCUAUAGCCCUCUUUAUACAUAUAAGUAAUAUGCAGAUGAAUAUCUAAGGUAAACAUCAUGGCUUAUGGCUUGUAGUGGAUCAUUCAAUGAGAGUCAAAUGUGCUCAUUUUUAUUUGAGGAGAGUGGCACAUUCAUGCACAAACCGUUGGCUAGGCUUUGUAUUUGUUUAUGACUAUCGACAAAGCUUUACAUUGAAGGAAAAAGGAAAAGCUAGCACUAGAUAUUGACAGUUAAUUUGGGAGAGAUAAAAUAUCUAGCUAGUGAUGUCCACCCAUACUCAUCCAUGUGUGUUUAAGAAUUUGUGGGAUAUCUCAGUCCAUGUGGAAGAGACAGUUCCCAGAUGACCUAGAGAUCAGGAAAAACCUCAUAUUGAAGCAGGGAGGCAGUCUUCCUGGAGCUCGCUGUCAAAGUCUUAGGAGAAGCUUCGUGAAUCUGAUGAGGAGCUCAUCCUAAGAACGUGAGUAAAGGGAAAGUCUGCUUGGAUGGCUUCAAGUGAACUAUGCACAUAGCUAAAGAAUGUACUGAUGUUUUAUUAAUAGGAAAAUGUUAUGAGUAACAAGCAAUGGCUUUCUGAUGGUAGAAACAAUUCUGUAAUCCCAUUUUGAUUCUAUUAUCCAUUUCAUAAGCUAGAUGUACUAAAAAUGUAUGAGCAGAAUGUGCCCUGUGUGUAAAAACAAAACAACAAAACAAAAACCCUAGGAACACUCCAAAGUGAACUCAGAUUAAUGAAGAUGAAAUGUGCACAGCUCUCAUGCCAUCUCCUCUGCCUGUCUGUGUCAUUGCUAGGACAUUGUUAUCAUUGUAUUUAUACAUGUAUUUAUACAACAGCCCUAAAAUUAACUGACUAGUAAUUCAGAAAUUCUUACAAUGUUCUGAUAGAAAUAAAAAGUCAGGUCAAAGAAGUAACAAUAAGAAUUAAAAAAAAAAUCUACAAAGGGUAUUUAUUUACCUAUGAAAGGAUUGUUAAAGAGUGACUUUUCUUUCAGUAUAUGUUAUUAUGGAAUCAGGAAAUCACUGGGAAAUUAUAAUUCUCAUAUGUAACUUAUUUGGAGGUAGAUGUGUGGCAAUGUUAAAGGCGAAGCAUCUGAGCUUCUUCAAUGUUUUCUAGGUAGGUAUUCUUGACAUUAGUGCUUUAAAAAUAUUUGUCUAGUGAUAGCACCAUAACCACUAGAUGUCGUUGUUCACCCAGUAGUCUAUUAGGUUCAGCAAAUGUGAAUGAUUUCAAGUGGGCAUCUUUGUCAAGGUUAGUCAUCUUUGAAAAAGCUUGCGGCAAAUCUAGUAUGGAUUUUUUAUGUUUUGUGAGUGAUGACAGCACUGUAUGAUAUCAAACUAAGGAGGUGCACAGCCACUGUUAGCCAAAGAGGCACUUUAAUGCAUCUUUUUCUUCAGGAUUUUUGACAACUGACCAAUGUGUUUCUCAUGUGAAAAAAAUAGUAUAAAUUCCACCACUAGAGAAUGCUCAAGUCAUUAAAAGGUUAUGUUGUCUAUUUCUUUCUUAACACACAUGCACACUAUUUUAUUGAUACUACCAUUAUAUGCCUUUUAAUUCUCAAAAUUGAUGAGCUGCUUACUCAAGUUUUCAUGAUUAUUGCUAUUGAUAUCAAAGUUGUAAUGGUAUUGUUAACUGUCAUAGGAAAUUAUUGAUAUUAUUCUAUCUGUAAGAUCAAUAAAAUUAAUUUGAAAAU